CCAAUGGUACUAUAGAUAAGAAUAUCCAAUCGGAUAAAGUUUAUAAUUUAACUGGGCCAAUCCGCGUUGGCCUUGUUUUGACGUCACAUGAUCCGUAAGUGAGAGAAUCAACGUUUGUUUGGAAAGUUCUUUAGCUUCUGUUUGUUGUGAUCUGAAGAAUAAGAUAUGGCUCGUACAAAACAAACUGCGCGAAAAUCAACUGGUGGUAAAGCUCCUCGUAAGCAGCUUGCUACAAAGGCUGCAAGAAAAAGUGCACCAUCGACAGGUGGAGUAAAAAAACCACAUCGUUACCGACCAGGUACUGUGGCUCUUCGAGAAAUUCGUCGUUACCAAAAAUCCACAGAAUUGCUAAUAAGAAAAUUACCUUUUCAACGAUUGGUAAGAGAGAUUGCACAGGAUUUCAAAACUGACCUGAGAUUUCAAAGUGCUGCAAUUGGAGCUCUUCAAGAAGCAAGUGAGGCUUAUCUUGUAGGAUUGUUUGAAGAUACAAAUUUAUGUGCUAUUCAUGCUAAACGUGUUACCAUUAUGCCCAAAGAUAUCCAGUUGGCAAGACGAAUCCGUGGAGAACGUGCUUAAUGUGUAUAUUGCCCGGCAUAUUUCUGUAUGAGCACUCACCACCUCCAUCACCAAUUUACAAUCAACAUGAUCAUCAGAACUGCAUCUUAGUAAUGUUUUAUAUACUGGAAUCAGUUUUGUAGAAUUCAAAACUUUUGUAUAUCACAGAUUUAUAACUUAUUUACAGCUCACACAGAUAAUUACUGGGAUCAAGAUUUUUUGCACUUCUCUUGUCUAGUAGCUUGUGACACUCUUCCACUCCCUUUCUUGUUCAUAUGACUUUUACAUGAUUUCAUUGUGGUGUGACGUGUUACAUGUUUUUCUUGUUGAUCAUUUUUGUGUAUUCCUUACCUAUUCAGUGUAAUAAGUGAUAUUGCCCUAUAUUGGUAAGGACAAUCAGUAUAUAUAUAUAAAUUUAUAUGUAUAUGUAUAUAUAUUAUAUAUAUAUAAUGAUUUAGAAACUAAAGCUAGUAUUGUAUGUAGUUUAAAAAUAACCAGGUUAUUUUGAAUAUUUUCUUUUUGUAAAGUGAAAUGUUGAUAAAGAGGAAUAAAACUUCACUGCCAUGCUGGUGAUAACAUCACCAAAAACUGUUGGUUAUGUAAAAUAAAAUUCAGAUUUUUGCCAAUAAGGCAAUUACAGAUCUCUACUAUCAACUUUGAAAUGACUCCUUUUAUUUGUUACUAUGUUCAAUAAUAAAGCUUUAUAUUCCAGAAA